GGAUUUUCCUCUCAUUGUAAGGGAUGGGCCAUUUGUUGCUUCACCCUCAUUUUACAUCUGAUUUGGAGGAAGAGAGAAAGACAAACUUACGCCACACGAUGCGUGCUGUUGUCGUUGUUGCGGCUCUGGUCGCCCUUGUGGCCACCACUGUCUCUGCCAAGACCCUCUGGCACCAGCUCGAUGGCUACUCCUUUGAGCACUUCAAGGCCGAGUACGGCAAGCGCUACCUCUCUUCUGAGGAGCAUGACUUCCGCCGUCAAGUGUUUGAGCGCACCCUUGCAUCUGUCAAGGCCCACAACAGCGACCCCACCAAGACCUGGAAGCAGGGCAUCAACCACAUGUCCGACUGGACCGAUGGCGAGUUCAAGCGUCUCCUCGGCUAUGACAAGGGCAUCGGCUACAGCCUGCACCGCCCUACUCCCCCUGGCUUCAAGGCCAACGUUGAUGUGAACGGCCUCCCCGACUCUGUCGACUGGCGCACCAAGCACGUCGUCACCGCCGUCAAGGACCAGGGCCAGUGCGGCUCCUGCUGGUCGUUUGGUUCCGCGGAGACGCUCGAGAGCCACGUCGCCGUCCAGACCGGUACCCUCGAGGUUCUGUCCGAGCAGAACAUCCUCGACUGCACGCCCAACCCCGAGGAGUGCGGCGGCACUGGCGGCUGCCAGGGCGGCACCGCCGAGAUUGCAUACGAGCACAUGGCCAAGCACGGCGGUCUCCAGACCGAGUGGACCUACCCCUACCUGUCCUGGUACGGCGACAACUACAAGUGCCACUUCAAGGAGAAGAUGUCCGUUGUGAACGUGACCGGGUACGUCAAGCUUCCCUCCAACCAGUACGAGCCCCUCAUGGACGCCAUUGCCAACAAGGGCCCCAUCUCCAUCAGCGUCGAGGCCGUUGCCUGGAAGAACUACGAGAGCGGCAUCUUUGAUGGCUGCAACCAGACCAACCCGGACAUUGACCACGCCGUGCAGCUUGUUGGCUACGGUGACGACAACUCCCAGGGCUAUUGGCUCGUGCGUAACAGCUGGACCCCACACUGGGGUGAGAGCGGGUACAUCCGUAUCCGCAGGACCGCCAACGAGGGUGGUCGCUGUGGCAUGGACAUCACUCCCCAGGACGGCAGCGGCUGCAAGGGCGGCCCCGACAAAGUCAAGGUGUGCGGCACCUGCGGCAUCCUCUUCGACAACGUCUACCCGACCAUUGGCGUGCCGCCAUCCUGAAGCUGAAGGCGGCCAGCGGCAGGGGGGCGGGAAGAUGCGCUUUGCCUGCAGCAUGAGACAUGACGUGCCUUGAUGUGAUGAUGUGAGAUGUGGCUUGUCCGCUCUUGCCUUGUUGCUUCUCUUCGUUGACACGUUGUUGCCUCUCUUUGUUUUUCGUGCCUGUUUGGUGGGUUGCGUGUGUUUGUUGCUUGCUCACGCCCGCGUUGCGUUGCUUCGUGAGCGUUUUUUGCAACAUUAAAGUCGCAUCAAACCCG